AAAAUUCAUGAACUUAUUUGUAAAACAUGUGAUUUAAACGCUUAAUGUCAGUUUAUUCACUUAUUUGCUGUGUUAAAGAGACAUUUUUUUGAAUUUGAAUGUUGCUUUGUUAUGUAGCGUUUGAAUUUAUGCUCCGACCUAAAGUAAAUUUGGUUAAAGCGUUUUUACUCCCAAUUUUAACUAGGAAAGAGCUGAAUUUAUUGAUAAACUUGAGUUUACAAAAACAUAUCUGACUCUAGAUCUAAUAUGAAAUAAUUGAAGUACUGUUUAUUUGAUGAGUUUGCCAUGUUUUAGAUUUUUGUGUACUUUUGGUAGUCUGGGCAUGAUAAAUAAACUAUUUUCAAGAUAAGUUUAAAAUUUUAACUUUUGUUUAAAGACAAUAAAAUCUUGCGAAAACGGCCCAACUGGCCAUAUGUUAUUAUGACUAUGUUCUUAUGAAUAAUCAAUUUUGUUGUUCAAUUGGGAAUAAGUCUGAUUGGUAACUAGAAACGACUUUAACCAUUAUCUAAUUGGUAACUAGAAUGUGUUAACCAUUAACUGAUUGGUAACCAGAAACGAUGUUAGCCAUUAUUUAUUUAAUAAUUAGAAACGAUGUUAAUCAUUAUAAUACUGUGAAAUUAUAAAAAUAGCAACACUUUCUAAGUAAUAUAAAUUUAUUCAGGCAGCGAUAUUAUUUAUAAUGCAAUCAUAGCCAUGAAUGGGUAAAGUAAGAAGCAGCAAGGUGGUGUUAAAAAGUAAAAAGCAUUUAAGUUUACUACUUUUUAGUUUUUCAAGUUUGUUUUUUUAUUGCUAUAUUUUUUAUUUACCAUACUAUUAAAAGCAUGCGCUUGACAAUUAGUAUUUUUUGAAUAUAUUUACAAGAAAUAUAUUAUAGAGAAACACAACUAUUAGAUAAUAUCAGCAUACUAUAGUGUUACAACCGCUGUAAAAUGCAACAGAAAGCGGUAAACGUUUGUUCAUCUAAACAUCCUGCAGUAAAUUACUGGAUUAAACUUAGAUGUAUGCGUACAAAUAAUGUUUAUUUUGUUGCUCCUGAUGGUUCGAAAUUUUCAUCUACCAACGAAAUUGCUAAGUUUGUAGCAGUUAUGUUUGGAUUAUAUUCAGAAAUUGAAACUUUCUUACUAAAGCUCCAAGAACUUUCUAUUUCAAAAGAAAUAUAUGAUGAGGAUUUAUCGGACUUGCAAGCUACAAUAAAAAAUCAUUAUGCUAAUCUAUUUACAGAAGAGAAAUCUUUACCUACGGUGUUGAGUGACGAUUUUACAAAUAUUAAAAAUUUUUCUGAUGAAGUGCAGACUAUAAAAAAAGAUGAAGUUCAGAUCAUAGAAAAAGAUGGAGUUCCGACGUUUUAUCACGAAGUUUUUCGACAUACAAAAAGUUGUCCAAAUAACGAUAUUUUAACUUCAAAAUGUUUUCCGAUUUUAAAAAAUGUUAAAAAUAAAAAUUGUAAAACACAGACAAAAAAUGAAGUGUCAAAAAGCGACAAUGAUGGAGGCAGUUUAAGUUUAACUUGUACGGAUAGAAUUAUUAAAAAUGACGAAGAUUUAGAUGGACUAACUAAAAUUGAAGAAUCAUCAGCCAAUAUUUCUGCGGAUGAGAGAGUUUAUACAAAUAAUGUUUUCUCUCAGUUUGCGGUGCAACCCAUUAACAAUUUUAAGAUAAAAGAUCCUCAAAAAAGUAAACAGAGACUUGUCCGCAUGAGCCCAUAUUUUAAAAAAUUACAUCCUUCUAAAGUAAAUACCGGUUUGCGUGGUGUCCAUAACACCGUUCGUUAUACUCCAACGUUUUCUCCAUUUAAUCUCAUACAAGAACGCCUAUAUAUGAAACCAUGGCAACUUUUGAUUGCUACAAUAUUUCUAAAUAAAACAUCUGCCACAGUUGCUCUACCAUUAUUCUGGCAAUUUGUAAGCAGGUUUCCAACGCCAAAUGAUGUGAAUGAAAACAACUUCGAAGAAAUAUCAGCUUUAAUGAAACCUUUGGGAUUAAACUAUCGGCGUGCAAAAAAUAUAAUACAGUUUUCAUUUGAGUUUCUUCAUAAAGACUGGAAGUAUCCUCGAGAAUUAUAUGGAAUCGGAAAGUAUGGUGAUGAUUCCUAUCGUAUGUUUUGUCUCGGACAGUUUGAUAAUGUUCAUCCUACAGACAAUAAACUUAACUUAUAUAAAGUUUGGUUAAAGGAGCAUAUUUCUAAAAUAUUACCAUAAAAACUUUAUUUAUAUUUUAUA